AGCUCUUCCACUGGACCAGAUCCAGACCUGGUCAUGAAGAGACAGGAUGAGGACCAAGUGGCCCAGAUGGUGUUGGAAACAAGAGGAUCACAUGAGUUCAGGCCUGAUUGGCACUAAAGAACAAGAAGUGAUUGAGCCACGGUUACACCAGAGGAAGGGCUCCCUGGGGCUGUGAUGUGAAGAGAGGAAUCACAGGUCAGAGAGCAAAGCCUGAGGCCGCACUGUUGGGAUGGCAAGGCGUGUAUGAAGUUUAAAGUGCACCCAGGAAGCAAGCCUUGCAUGGCACACACGUCUAGUCACAGACUGUGACUCCAGCUGUUCUUGUCCUGUCCAGAAGCAGGAGGGGCCAGGGGAAGAUGAGAGUUCCUAUGCCCUGGCUCUUCUCCUUCUUCAUGAUCACCGAGGGCUGGAAUGUCUUCCUGGGGAGUGAUGAUGGCAUCAAAACAAAGCAAGAACUCAUUCGGAAUAAGAAAAAGCCUCUAGGUCCAGUCCAGGAAUACGAGCUGCUGCUUCAGGUAGCCUAUCGAGAUUCCAAGGAGAAAAGAGACGUGAAGAACUUUCUGAAGCUUUUGGAGCCUUGCCCUGUUUUUGGGCCAGUGAAGAUUAUCAGAGCAAAGGCCACCACGUACUGUGGCAUCCAGAACGGGGUCCUGCGCUGUGCCUGUGACGACGGCUACUCCUGGUUUCCUCCCUCAUGCCUUGAUCCCCAGAAAUGCUACCUUCACACGGAGGGAUCUCUCCAGAGCUGUGAUUGUCAUCUCAACAAUCUCACCCAGAGUGUCCAUUUCUGUGAGAGAACAAAGGUUUGGGGUACUUUCAAAAUUAACAAAAGAUUUACAAAAGAUCUUUUGGAUUCAUCUUCUGCUAUAUACUCCAAAUAUACCACUGGAAUUGAAAUUCAACUUAAAGAAGCCUACAAAAGUAUCCAAGGUUUUGAGUCAGUUCAAGUCACCCAAUUUCGAAAUGGAAGCAUCAUUGCUGGGUAUGAAGUUGUUGGUUCCAGCAACACAUCUGAACUGCUGUCAGGCAUUGGGCAGGCGGCUAAGAAGGCUAAGACAGGCCUGCAUCAGCUGUUUCCUCUAGAAGACAACUCUUUCAGAGUGUUCGGAAAAGCCCAGUGUAACAGCAUAGUCUUUGGAUUUGGGUCUAAGAAUGAUGAGUAUACUCUUCCCUGUAGCAGCGGCUACUCCGGAAUCAUCACGGCCAGGUGCCAACCCUCUGGGUGGCAUGUCCUCAGGGAGACGUGUGUGCUCUCUGAGCUGGAAGAGCUGAAGAAGAACUUCAGUGUGAUUGCCAGCAACGCCACUGAGGCAACCGUGUCAUCCUUGGUGCAGAAUCUUUCAAUGGUCAUUCAGCAAAACCCAUCAACCACAGCCGGGAAUCUGGCUUCUGUGGUGUCAAUUCUGGGCAAUAUCUCAUCCCUGUCCCUAGAAAGACACUUCAGUGUGUCCAGUUCGACAAUGGAGAAUGUCAUCAGUAUAUCUGACCACAUCCUUAAUUCUACCUCGGUGACCAACUGGACAGUGUUACUUCAGAAAGAAAAGAAUGCCGGGUCCCAGUUCCUAGCGUCACUGGAAAACAUCAGUGUUCUGGUCCCUUCGACAGCUCUGCCUCUGGAAUUUUCUCAAGAAUUCAUUAACUGGAAAGGGAUUCCAGCAUCCUCAAAUCAAAGCAAUUUGGGUUACAACUAUCAGACUGAAAUGUUCCUAAAAAACCCCUCCAUUCCCAUCAGAGGCCAUGCAUUAAUUAGGUCAGACCAAUUCCAGGAGCCCCUUCCAGAAACUAUCAUCAGCAUGACCUCCUUGACCCUGGGGAACAUUCUACCUGCUACCAAAAAUGGAAAUGCUCAGGUCAAUGGGCCCAUGAUAUCCAUGGUUAUCCCAAACUAUUCCAUCAAUGAAAUUUUCCUGACUUUUUCCAAGAUAGAAUCAAAUCUGAGCCAGCCUCAUUGUGUGUUUUGGGAUUUCAACCAUUCGCAGUGGAACGAUAAUGGCUGCCACCUAGUGAAUGAAACUCCAGACUCGGUGACGUGCCGCUGUACUCACCUGACCUCCUUCUCCGUGCUGAUGUCACCCUCUGUCCCCCCUGCCAUCGUUCCCGUUGUGAAAUGGAUCACCUUUGUGGGACUGGGGGUCUCCAUCGGAAGUCUUGUCUUAUGCCUGACCAUCGAAGCUCUGUUUUGGAAGCAGGUCAGCAGAAGCCAAACCUCGCACAUGCGUCACAUUUGCAUGGUGAACAUAGCCCUGUGCCUCCUGAUCGCAGACAUCUGGUUUAUUGUCGCUGCCUCCGUGCACACCACGGCGAACCCGUCUGGAGUCUGCACAGCUGCAGUGUUCUUUACACACUUUUUCUACCUCUCCUUGUUCUUCUGGAUGCUUCUGCUCAGCUUCCUGCUGGCUUAUCGGGUUAUCCUGGUGUUCCACCACAUGGCCACGCCUUUGUUGGUGGCUGUCGGGUUCUGCCUGGGCUACGGGUGUCCUCUUAUUAUAUCCAUCGUCACCAUUGCGGUCACACAACCCAGCAAUGGCUAUGAAAGGAAAGAUGUGUGUUGGCUUAACUGGUCCGAUGGGAGCAAACCUCUCCUGGCCUUUGCGGGUCCCGCCCUGACUAUCGUGGCUGUGAAUCUGGUGGUGGUCCUGUUAGUUCUCACGAAGCUCUGGAGGCCCGCUGUUGGAGAAAGGCUGACUCAGGACAGCAAGGCCACUGUCGUCCGCGUGGGGAGGAGCCUUCUCGUUCUGACCCCCCUGCUAGGGCUCACCUGGGGGUUUGGCAUAGGAACAAUGGUUGACAGCCAGAAUCCGGCCUGGCACGUUAUUUUCGCAUCACUCAAUGCAUCCCAGGGCUUUUUCAUCUUAUGUUUUGGAAUGCUCUUGGAUAGUAAGCUGCGACAGCUGCUGCUCAACAAGUUGUCUCCUUUAAGCUUUUGGAACCAAGCAUCAAAGCAAAACUCAUCAGAUUCAUCUGUCAAACCCAGAUUCAAAAAGACUUUCAACCCAUUCCAACACAAACGCAACUAUGUACUUUCUUAUACUGGAGAGUCCUCAAAUGACAUCACGCUAACUCAGUUUUCAUCAACUGAAUAAAACCGGGAACCCUAAAAUCAAGGAAAAUUUUUUGGAGCAAAUUGACAUUAGAGCUAAAUGUCAGUGAAGAAAUCAUGCUCCAUAUUCAAUGGAUUUUUCUGAUUUCGGAGUCUGAGAAUAUAAUAAGGAACUCUCAGCAGUUUCAUGACAGCCAUCUUUAUCUUCAAUUAAAUGGAGAGAUUUACUUCCAUGGGGUUUGAUUCAAAGGAAUUGCUUCAUAAAUGUAGAAGAUUAAGUUUUUGUCGGAAAUUAUGUCAGUUGUACUAGCCUCUCACUGCCACAAACUAUGGUUUCCUUUUUCAUAAAAUAGCGUUAUUCAUGUGACAUUUCUAAUCACCUGAAUUGGAGUAAGGAAAUGUCAUGAAAUCACUUUAGAUGCAUUGAUGGACCAUGUUCACUUUCUUAUAAAAAAAGUCACUGGUGAAAUUUCCUAGAGAAAAGGCGUUUUCCUCCAAAAACUUCCAGUUGGAUUUUAUGCUUGUUUUUGUUUUUUAGGUACAGUCACUGAACUUUGAAAGUUAAUCAGAAACAAAAUAGAAGUGUCCAUUUCAGAUAGCUUCAUAGCUGUUACUUAGGAAGUAUAAAGCAGUAUAUAUAUAUAUAUAUAUAUAUAUAUAUAUAUAUAUAUAUAUAAUGCAUUAUUUUUCAGUUUACAAGGCACUUUCAUCUGGUCCCCCAUCCAAUGACGUGAGGUGUCCAGGCAGACCUAGUGCAGACAUGAUGAAAUAGAGGCUUGGACAAGUGAAGUGACUUCCCAAAGUGAAGCCAGUAAAGGGCGCUUUUAGGACUUUUGGUUCCUAGUCCAUUUCUACAGCCUCAUAACAGCCUUGAAAAUUACCUGCAAUCCUAAGCAAGCCUUAUGAGGUUAGAUACGAGAUUCAUCACUCCCAGAAUUCUCUCUAUGUAAGAGGAAAAUUGAGGGAGAAUUUGGUUGUCAGCAUCCAGAAAGACCUUAAAGCACCUGGUUUUCUUUCAUGAUGCACUGUCGGCACUUUUGGAAGUUAUUUACAUGUAUGGCCGUUGCUACUUUUGGAUGAGAUAGAGAGCAGCAGGUGAAGGCACUGCAGGAAGCAACAUUUCCCUUCCAUACUGCCAUCACUUUGGGCUCACCUGAGUUUCAGUCCUGACCACAGUGCCCAGAAGAACUAAGCCCUUUGAUUCAUCCUUGCUUCCAGAGCCUCCUAACAAUCCGCUGUGGCAUUUUUAAAGCAAGUGUUGAUUUCUUUCAAUAACAAUUGCAGUGAUGAUGAUGAUGAUGGUGGUGGUAAGAAGUCAUAAAAGAAGAAGCUACAUGUAGAGGGUCCUCACUAUGUGUCAGGCAUUAUUCUAAGUGCUGUGCAUCUAUUAACUCAUGUAAUCUUCACAAUAAGCUUGUGAAGGGGGAAUAAUAUCCCUGUUUUACAGCUGCUGAAACUAAGGCACAGAGAGGUGAGAUGUGAGCAGGGCAACAUGGAUGGCAAAUGGCUAUGCCAGGGUAGUAGUUAUGGAAGUUGAAUUACAAUAAGAAGAGGGUUAUAUAAGUCAGCCUAGCAGGAUUGGAACUGCUAAUUUGAUUGUAAUUAGAAUCCUAGACUACUUGGUCUGCAAGGGAGCUCAGGUAUCAUCUAGCUACUAUUUUAUGAGUAACCCUGAUGUCCUAAGUCUCAGCAGCCUGUGAUUACAAAAGUAAGUCAAGUCCACAUUUACUGCUAUCUGUAGGAGUAUAUUAGUCAGCUCAGACUGCCAUAACGGAACAUCACAGACCAGUGGUUUAGACAACAGAAAUUUAUCUUCUCAUGGUUCUGGAGUCCAGGAAGUCCAAGUUGAAGCUGCCAUUGGGCUUGUUUUCUAGUGAGACUGCUCUUCUGUCUUGUCUGUGUCCUCACAUGGCCUCUUCUCCAUGCACAUGCAAAUACAGCUCUCUGGUGUCUCCUCCUCUUCUUAUAAGGACACCGAUCCUAUCAGAUUAGGGCCCCACCCUUAUCAGCUCAUUUCCCCUUAAUUACUUCCCUACUGACCCUGUCUCCAAAUAAUCACAUUGGCGGUUAGAGCUUCGACAUACAAAUUUUGCAGGGACACUAUUCAGUCCAUAACAAGUAGCUAGAAUUUUUAUUUGCCUGUUUAAUUGAAAUUAGGGUCUUUUAAAAGUGUGUUGGAUCACAUACCAUAUAUCAUGUUUGUCUAACCCACUGACUACACACACAUUCAGCUCAGCUCCCUUCCAGAAUGCUACUGAAACAGCAGUAAAAUAAUUAAAAAAGGAGAAAGACAUUGGAAUAUUUUCUAUGACUGUGUAAAAAACUGCCACAAACUUAGGGGUUUAAAACAACCUGCAUUUAUUUUCUCACAGUUUCCCUGGGUGAAGAGUCCAGACACAGCUUAAUUGGGUCCUCUGCUCAGGGUCUCACAAGACUGAAGGAGCUAGCUGGUCUACCUCUUUAUCUGGAGACUUGACUGGAGAAGAAUCCACCUCCAACUCAUUCAGUUUACGGGCAGAACUUAUUUCCUUGCAGCUGUGGUAAAGAGAACCUUGGCUUUUUGCUGACUAUUGGCCAGAGGCUACCUUGGGACACUAGAGGUCACCUACACAUCCCUGCCACUGGGAUUUUCCAAAAUGGCCGCUUAUGUCAUUAAGCCUGCAAGGAGAGUCUCUUAGUCCAGUCUGCUUUUAAGACAGAGUCUUGUCCAAUAUAAGGUAAUCAGGGGAGUGACAUCCUAUACCUUUUUCCAUAUUCUAUUGGCUAGAAGUGAGUCACAAGUCCUGGCCACACUCAAGGGAAGGGGAUUUCUAAAGGUGUGAACAGUAGGAGGAAGGGAUUACCAGACCUGAACUACUGAGGAUAAGGAGAGAGAGAGGAAGCAACAGCAACAGAGCUUUGGAGAGCAGGUGGGGUGAGUGCAAACUGACUUAGCUGGCCUAAGAAAGCUAAAUAUGAAGCCAGAAGCGAGGGAAGCCAAGAAGCAAGCUGCUUUACCCUGCGGAAUCCCCCAAGAGACUGGAGACUUGGCAGCACCAGUGUCCAUAAGAAGUGAAGUGAAGGUGGAACUGAACCGUACGGUUGUUCAAAGUCAGUUUAAGAAACAGACUCUCAGAUGCCUCCCUCACCCCAAGCAACCAAGUAACCAUCCCUUCCUCCAUCCUAGCAAUAGAAUAUAUGGAUAUGUGGGGAAAACAUGGGAUUUGGGGACUGUGAGACUCCAGAAGCAUUUGAGGGAGAGUUUACCAUCUCCAAAACAGAGAGAUUCAGUGACAGUUAACAUAUAACACCAGCAGCAAGGCUUACCUCCUCCUGGCAAGAGACUGGGACGGUCCUCUCUGGAGAAUCUGAUCACCAGGAGAAAACACUGAAAGAUACUGACUCUGGGUGUUUGCUAAUGAAAUGUUCACACCUACAGUGAAGCCAAGAACCAUCCUACGCACUUUGUUCACAGACCUUCCAAUCAGCUCUUCAAUGUCCUACUCUGAAAAGUAUAGCCAAACUGUCACAGCCCACUAGGCUCUCUAGGAAAACACCCAGUAUUAAAUGCAGAGGGCAAAACAAACAGAAAGAGCCAGUAUGGUGUCACCUAGAAUCCAGUUCUAUGAGCUCGACUAGAAGAUGAAGGAGAAAACAGAGAAAGGAA